AUGACUUUUAACUACGAACUCAGACACACCUCAAAUUUACAGAAAUCUGACCAUCACUCCUUUAGUCAGGGGAUUCCAGAGGAAAUCUGCUCCAUCAGUGUGCUGCUUCUGUCUCAUUUCCUCUCUCUAAAUAACUUACUGCUCUUCUCUUCUCAACCCCAUGUUCUCCUGUCUUCUCCUCAACCCCAUGUUCUCCUGUCUUCUCCUCAACCCCAUGUUCUCCUGUCUUCUCCUCAACCCCAUGUUCUCCUGUCUUCUCCUCAACCCCAUGUUCUCCUGUCUUCUCCUCAACCCCAUGUUCUCCUGUCUUCUCCUCAACCCCAUGUUCUCCUGUCUUCUCCUCAACCCCGUGUUCUCCUGUCUUCUCCUCAACCCUGUGUUCUCCUGUCUUCUCCUCAACCCUGUGUUCUCCUGUCUUCUCCUCAACCCUGUGUUCUCCUGUCUUCUCCUCAACCCUGUGUUCUCCUGUCUUCUCCUCAACCCUGUGUUCUCCUGUCUUCUCCUCAACCCCAUGUUCUCCUGUCUUCUCCUCAACCCCAUGUUCUCCUGUCUUCUCCUCAACCCCGUGUUCUCCUGUCUUCUCCUCAACCCCAUGUUCUCCUGUCUUCUCCUCAACCCUUUGAUCUCCUGUCUUCUCCUCAACCCCAUGUUCUCCUUUCUGUCUUCUCCUCAACCCUUUGA